AUGACACGAAUGAUGCUGCUCAACCGAGAUUGCGUGGUUACUGAUCGAGGUGGCAUUAUCGAAAACACCCAUGGAGUACACAUCGCAGUGACCGACACAAAAGGAAACAUCCUCUAUUCAGCUGGAAACCCUUCUCGAGUAACUCUUUCUCGAUCAGCAGCCAAGCCAGCUCAGGCUGUAGCUGUCAUAGAGACCGGUGCAGUUCAAAAAUUUGGAUUCGAUGAUGCUGAUUUGGCUCUUAUGUGUGCUUCACACAACAGUGAAGACUUUCACAUUGCGCGCGCCAAGAAUAUGCUCAGCAAGAUCAGAGCCGAGGAAAAGGAUCUCCGAUGUGGCGGUCAUCCUGCAAUUUCAGAGGAAGUGAAUCAAGCAUGGAUCAAGGCUGGAUUUGAACCGACAGGCAUCUGUAACAAUUGUUCUGGAAAACAUGUUGCUAUGAUGGCGGGCGCUGAAACAUUGGGCGCCGAAGUUCAAAACUACCACCAAUUCGAUCACCCUAUGCAACUUGAAGUCAAGAGAGUUGUAGAAGAAUUGUCCCUCGACCCGAAACAAAUUGGAUGGGGCGUUGAUGGUUGUAACCUCCCAGCGCCAGCGUAUCCUCUCUAUGACAUGGCAAACAGUUUUGCAAUCUUUGCAGAAGCAGCCGACGCUGUUAAAACUCAUGUGGCAACAACACAGAGGACUUACAACCUCGCACGCGUUUUCGACGCCAUGACACAAUAUCCUGAGCAAGUCGGUGGAACUGGACGUUUUUGCACUGUACUCAUGCAGAGCUACAAGGGGCAACUGUUCGGCAAGGUUGGUGCCGAUGCUUGUUACGGAGUCGGUAUCCGAGAAUCAGCAGAUACUCGACGUCUUGGGGCAACAGGUGCAAUCGGUAUUGCUGCAAAGGUCGAGGAUGGAAAUCUUGAGAUUUUAUACGCAGUAGUCGCUGAAGUCCUCGAACAGCUGAGAGUCGGAACAGCGGAGCAGAGGGCAGAGCUCGAUGAUUUUCACCACCUGAAGAGGAAAAACACGAUGGAUGUUGUCACGGGGCUGAUAAUCAGUGCCAUUUCACCAAAAGCCAAUACCUUAAACGGAACAUAUACCGGCAAACAUCUUUCCGGUUGGGACCAAGAUGCAUUUCUUGGAAUUCCCUAUGCUCAACCACCAACAGGGAAUCUGAGGUUCAAAUGGCCACAGAGCCUGAACAUUUCCUUCGACGAAGAACGCACGGCGACUGAAUAUGGCGACAGUUGCAUGCAAUACACACAGAAUUGGACCAUGUCUGAAGAUUGUCUUUCUAUCAACGUUAUUAGACCAGCAGGGAAGCCCAAGAAGCUCCUCCCAGUCUUAGUUUGGGUUUAUGGAGGCGGUUUAUACGCCGGUAGCUCAGCGGAUCCUCAGUACAACCUAUCAGGAAUCGUCAAAGUCAGCCAAGAUAUGAAAGAGCCUGUUUUAGCCGUCAGUUUCAAUUAUAGACUUGGCAUGUGGGGAUUUCUUCAAAAUUUCAACCUUCUCAAAGAAGGGAAUGCCAAUGCUGGCCUAUUGGAUCAGAGACUUGCUCUCCGCUGGAUCCAAGAGAACAUUGAGGCCUUUGGAGGAGAUCCGGAGCGAGUUGUUGUGUGGGGCGAGAGUGCAGGAGCACAGUCUAUUGCUUAUCAGAUGUUCAGUUUUGAUGGCCGAGAUAAGAAGCUGUAUCGUGGAGCUAUUCUUGAGAGCGGUGGGAUCACAGGCGCACAAAUCCACGACCUAAGCUACUACAACGUGGCUUUUGAAAAUCUCACGCGAACAGUUGGUUGCUGGGACAGGAAAGAUCAAUUGUCGUGUCUUCGAGAACUCGACGAGAAGACAUUAUAUGCAGCACGUCCUUCCUUGACUUGGAACCCUUUGAUCGAUGGCACAUUCCUCAAGGGAUAUCCAAGCCAACUCAUCCAGGGAAAAAGAUUCGUCUCCGUACCAAGCAUAAUUGGAGCCAACACUGACGAAGGCUUUUGUGUGGGAGCAGCUAAUACAACAGAGGAUCUCUUCUAUGAAGCUUUCCGAUGGCGAAACUACGCCUUGAGUGCUCCGACAAUUCGAAAGUUACUUGAGCUUUACCCCGACGAUCCUUGUCACCAACCACCAUACCACAUCACGAAUUGCUCUCGGCCUGUAGGCAAUUACCAAGGCCGAAGAUCAUGUGCAAUUGGUGGUGAUAUCGCCAUGAUAUCUGGACGCCGAAAGUUGACCGAGCUAUUCACAGAGUCAGACCAGGUCGUAUACAGUUACCGCUUCGACCAAAGGUGGUACCAGAGACCUGAAUGGGAGGGUGUUAAACACUUCGACAACGUCGCUUUCAGCUUCCAAAAUAUAUCUGGUCUCCUUGGCCCAAGCCCCGAGUAUGAUAGUCACGCUAAGCUUGCUCACAGUAUUGGACAAGCGUACGUGAGAUUUGUCAACAACCUCGAUCCCAACCCACUAGGAUCAAGUAAGGGGAAUCUGCCAAAGUGGCCAACGUAUAAUAUGUUGAACCCUAAGAACAUGGUUUUCAAUGCCACUAAAAAUUGGGUAGAGGAUGACACUUGGAGAAAAGAGCAAAUUGAGUUUAUCAAUCGCUAUGAGGUUGCAAGGGAGUUGUAUGGGUAA